AUGUUUUAUUGUUCAGAAUCCAGCACUUGUCAAGCACCCACUCCAUUUGGCAGUCCUACAAGAACUGCAUCAGCAUGAAUUAAACCUACUGUGUAUGCCCAAGUCCAAAUUCCAGACCAAUCAGAUGCCAUAAACCCAUUCCAGAGAAUUCAGUUCCCAACCCAAACGUCAGCAACUGUAGAGAUUGAAAGAACGCUUGUCUACAGGCAAUAUGCUCCAAGUGAAGACUCUUCAUCUGUAGUGUCCUCAUAUUACAACUACUUGAUGACUGCAGAAGAAUUCUUCUCUGAGUUUGAGAUUGCGGAUGAAGACUAUGAAGAAAUGGAAUAG